AAAAGGACCCAUUGGUCGCGGGUAUAUAAAGACACUCUAGACAAUGGAGCACCCAAUUUGAUGUAAUUCGCAUCAAAGUAAAGAAAGUGAAAUUUCUUUUGAAGAAACUAAAUAGCAAAAUGAAAGCCAUACUUUUCCUUGCACUUCUGGUGUGCUUGUUGUCUGUCUUUUACGCCCAGGCCGAAGAAGUCGAAUGUCCAAAUAGAGGGCCAAAAGAUGGAGAGGAAGCUAUUCUCAUCCCUCACCCCACAAACUGCAAACAUUACUUCGUCUGUGACUAUGGACGAGCGGUCGUGAUGGAGUGUCCUGACGGUUUGCACUUCAACCCCGUAGAACUAGUUUGCGAUUUUCCAUGGCACGCUGGAUGCACAUCUAAUUAAUCAAUCUACAUAAAUAAUGCGAUUG